CGACCGAUUAAUCACAUGAACUGCGAGUACAUCCGGUAUUUCACGAUGAACGAUGACAGAGAUGGAUUGCCUCAAACAGAUGCUAUAUUAUUAACAAUGAGAAGAUCCACGUGGUUUCCUUUAGCAAGUCUUCUAAUUCUUUUGAUAGGAACAAUUAUAUGUUUCGUUGGUCAUUGCAAUUCAGGAAGAAAAAAUCUUACCUUUGUCUGUGGGAUUUUAUUUGUACUAGCAGGUUUGUGCACGCUCGUUGGAAUUAUACUUUACAUAGGCAGCAUUACAGAGGAGGUUGGAAAUAAAGGCAAAGGCAACUCUAUGGAGGAUCCAAAGUUUAAAUAUUAUUACGGAUCGUCCUUUAUGAUGGCAGUUUCGUCGUUUGCAUUGACAGAGUUAUCGGGUGUGUUUUCUGUGUAUCUGUAUAUAACACGUUACAAACACUCACAACGAAAGAAACUGCAGCAAAUGUUAAAGAGCGAACAAAACGAUAGAGGAAAUAGAUGGCGCUAUAGGAAAUCUCCGUCUCAGUCACGAGACCGGUCACAGUCCCGGGACCGCUCCGGCGACCCUUCUCUCAGUCGUUCUGAGAGUUAUUACACCUACACACCAAUAUCGGAAACUACUUCUCAUGAACUUUCUAAUUAUACAUUUCCUAGAGAGGUUUCCGGCAAUACCAUAUCAACGACUGUAGAUACCCAUGCUCCACGUGACCAUGCAUCACGUGACCAUGCACAGCGUGAUCAUAUACCCCGCGAUCACAUACCACGUGACUAUCUACCACGUGAUCACCUGCCACGGGACCAUCUACCACGUGAUCAUUAUCCACGUGACCACAGCCAGCGUGACCAUAUACCUGUGCCAACAGAUACGUUUUUGCGACGGACAACCCCCGUAUAACGAUUCAGGGGUAAUAUGAGGUAUACCCCAUAUUUAACGUUUGAAGGGUAAUAUGAAAUAUACCCCAUGUUUUAUGUUUGGGGGUAAUAUGAGGUAUACCUCGUAUAUAACGUCUAAGGGGAUAGCAUAUAUGCUUAAAAGUGGUCUACGGCAAAGAAGAUGGUGAAAGUAUAAACGUGAGAAUGUAUUAAUCUAUAAUCCAUUCAUUAAAUCAUACAUGUAUACGGCCUUACUGGAUAAGAAGUGAGUGGUCCUAAAUGUGUGUGAUUGCAUGAAAAGGUUGUAUAUGUGUUAUACAGGCUGCUGUGUUCAAUCUUUGUAUGCAAUUCAUAUAUGGUAUGGGUUGUACACGUGUGCUGGCGGACAUCAGAGAAUUUAUGACUGUUUAGUAUUUGUAGAUCUAGAUUAAAUCCUUCUUUGCCAAGAAUGAAAUGAUAACGGAUAAGGGCUGUUUUUAUCCCGAAUUAGCUGACGUAUUACGUCGGUAGUAAUGACAUGGUUUACUAUGACUUUGAAGGCACAGCCUUGCCCGACGGCCCUUGGAACAUAUGUUACGUGCGACGGUGUUAGGAUCGCACCACAAGAUGACAUUGGUAUCAUGGAUCCGCAGGUCGGCUCGGUACCUUAUACAUGGCGAAUGUCGGUACCACGAAUGUAUGUCAGUUUUUAGUGUUGUUUGGUCGACUCGGUACCGUGGGCAGAUUGUGUAACGUAGAUUUGGGUCGGCCCGGUACCGUGGGCAGAUUGUGUAACGUAGUUUGGGUCGGCCCGGUACCGUGGGCAGAUUGUGUAACGUAGUAUGGGUCGGCCCGGUACCGUGGGCAGAUGUGUAACGUAGAUUUGGGUCGGCCCGGUACAGUGGGCAGAUUGUGUAACGUAGAUUUGGGUCGGCCCGGUACCGUGGGCAGAUUGUGUAACGUAGUUUGGGUCGGCCCGGUACCGUGGGCAGAUUGUGUAACGUAGUUUGGCUCGGCCCGGUAUCGUGGGCAGAUUGUAUAUUGUGGCAGAUUUGUUGCUGGGUCGGCUGGCUAUCAUGGACAGAUUGUAUACUUCGUAGAGAAUAUUGUUUUGUCGACCCCGUACAGUGGACAGACUGCAUACUAACUAAUAUGCACUCUAGUGAGCGGUCUAUACCAUAGACCAUCAUGGUACAUCUUUGUUUCAGGAAUGGGUUGACAGACACGUUGCCAUUUAUUACAGAUGUGUAGACAUAUUGUUCUAGUGACAGCCAGUGACAAAGGCCGGUUAACAAGUCGUUGUUUGGGAUCAGCUAGAAGGCUAGAUUUAGUGGUUGGGGCAUCUGGUUUGGUAGAACGAGGUGGUAACGAGCUGGUAUUGUAUGUUGGACGGACUUGUAUGGUAAAGAUUUGUAGGUGGGACGAACUGGUAUUAUAGAGAUUUCCUAUAUUGACGGACUUGUAUGAUAAAGAUUAGAUGGUGGGACGAAUACAGAAGAGCACCCAUAUCUGUCCACGGCAAAAUGAAAAAUUAUGAAUCAUAUUUAUUUUGAAUAUAAUAUUGAUAUUGUGUAUAUAGAAACAGGUAAGACUGAAGGACAUACACAUACGACAAAGUGAUUUUAUUUUGUAUAGCAAUCAGGAGAUCAUGUUGAAAUCAUACAGCGCUGAAGCUGAAUACACACCAUGUUAACUAGUCGGAUGUAGAAGGCAUAGGUUUUAAGUAAUUGCCAAUACACAUUCAUUUCUUCAAAUCAUGAUUUGCUACCCAUCUUUGAAUAAUUCAUUUUCAUAAAUAGUCUGAUCGUUUACAUGAGAAACAGAAGAUUAAAACCAGUUAUUCUCUUACUCUGUGCGAAAUUCGAAGUGAGUAUUCUCCUGUCCUCUGUUCGACAGUUAGAGUUUGUUACUGUCUCCCACUGUAGACAUUGAGAGUGUGUUACUGUCUCCCACUGUAGACAUUAGGAGUAUGUUACUGUCUCCCACUGUAGACAGUGAGAGUGUGUUACUGUCUCCCACUGUAGACAGUGAGAGUGUGUUACUGUCUCCCACUGUAGACAUUGUAGACAGUGAGAGUAUGAUACUGUCUCCCUUUGUAGACAGUGAGAGUGUGUUACUGCCUCCCACUGUAGACAGUGAGAGUGUGUUACUGUCUCCCACUGUAGACAGUGAGAGUAUGUUACUGUCUCCCACUGUAGACAUUAGGAGUGUGUUACUGUCUCCCACUUUAGACAGUGAGAGUGUGUAACUGUCUCCCACUGUAGACAUUGGGAGUGUGAUACUGUCUCCCACUGUAGACACUGGGAGUUUGUUACUGUCUCCCACUUUAGACAGUGAGAGUGUGUUACUGUCUCCUAUUGUAGACAGUGAGAGUGUGUUACUGUCUCCCACUGUAGACAUAAGGAGUAUGUUACUGUCAUGUACUGUAGACAUUAGGAGUGAGUGUGCUACUGUCCUUCAAUAUAGACAGUGAGAGUGUGUUACUGUCUCACUUGGUAGACAUUAGGAGUAUGUUACUGUCCUACACUGUAGACAUUAGGAGUGUGUUACUGUCUCCCACUCUAGACAGUGAGAGUGUGAUACUGUCUCCCACUGUAGACAGUGAGAGUGUGUUACUGUCAUACAAUGUAGACAUUAGGAGUGUGUUACUGUCUCCCACUGUAGACAGUGAGAGUGUGUUACUGUCUCCCACUGUAGACAGUGAGAGUGUGUUACUGUCACCCAUUGUAGCAUUAGGAGUGUGUUACUGUCUCCCACUAUAGACAGUGAGAGUGUGCUAUCUUCUCCCACUGUAGACAGUGAUGGUGUGUUACUGUCUCCCUCUGUAGACAGUGAGAGUGUGUUAUCUUCUCCUACUGUAGACAUUGAAAUUGUGUUACUGUCUCCCACUGUAGACAGUGAGAGUGUGUUACUGUCUCCUAUUGUAGACAGUGAGAGUGUGUUACUGUCUCCCACUGUAGACAUAAGGAGUGUGUUAUCUUCUCCUACUGUAGACAGUGAGAGCGUGUUACUGUCUCCCACUGUAGACAUUACGAGUGUGUUACUGUCUCCCAAUGUAGACAGUGAGAGCGUGCUAUCUUCCACUGUAGACAGUGAGAGUGUGUUACUGUCUCCCACUGUAGAUAGUGAGAGUGUAUUACUGUCUCCCACUGUAGACAGUGAGAGUGUGUUACUGUCUGCCACUGUAGACAUUAGGAGUGUGUUACUGUCUCCCACUGUAGACAGUGAGAGUGUGUUACUGUCUCCCACUGUAGACAGUGAGAGUGUGUUACUGUCAUACACUGUAGACAUUAGGAGUGUGUUACUGUCUCCCACUCUAGACAGUGAGAGUAUGAUACUGUCUCCCAUUGUAGACAGUGAGAGUGUGUUACUGUUCUACAAUGUAGACAUUAGGAGUGUGUUACUGUCUCCCACUGUAGACAGUGAGAGUGUGUUACUGUCUCCCACUGUAGACAGUGAGAGUGUGUUACUGUCUCCCACUGUAGACAGUGAGAGUGUGUUAUCUUCUCCUACUGUAGACAGUGAAAGUGUGUUACUGUCUCCCACUGUAGACAGUGAGAGUGUGUUACUGUCUCCUAUUGUAGACAGUGAGAGUGUGUUACUGUCUCCCACUGUAGACAUAAGGAGUGUGUUAUCUUCUCCUACUGUAGACAGUGAGAGCGUGUUACUGUCUCCCACUGUAGACAUUACGAGUGUGUUACUGUCUCCCACUGUAGACAGUGAAAGCGUGCUAUCUUCUUCCACUGUAGACAGUGAGAGUGUGUUACUGUCUCCCACUGUAGAUAGUGAGAGUGUAUUACUGUCUCCCACUGUAGACAGUGAGAGUGUGUUACUGUCUCCCACUGUAGACAUUAGGAGUGUGUUACUGUCUCCCACUGUAGACAUUGAGAGUGUGAUACCGUCUCCCACUGUAGACAGUGUGAGUGUGUAACUGUCUCCCACUGUAGACAGUGAGAGUGUGUUACUGUCUCCCACUGUAGACAGUGAGAGUGUGUUACUGUCUCCUAUUGUAGACAGUGAGUGUGUUACUGUCUUCCACUGUAGACAGUGAGAGUGUGUUACUGUCUCCCUUUGUAGACAGUGAGAGUGUGCUAUCUUCUUCCACUGUAGACAGUGAGAGUGUGUAACUGUCUCCCACUGUAGACAGUGAGAGUGUGUUAUCUUCUCCCACUGUAGACAGUGAGAGUGUGUUACUGUCUCCCACUGUAGACAGUGAGAGUGUGUUACUGUCUCCUAUUGUAGACAGUGAGUGUGUUACUGUCUUCCACUGUAGACAGUGAGAGUGUGUUACUGUCUCCCUUUGUAGACAGUGAGAGUGUGCUAUCUUCUUCCACUGUAGACAGUGAGAGUGUGUAACUGUCUCCCACUGUAGACAGUGAGAGUGUGUUAUCUUCUCCCACUGUAGACAGUGAGAGUGUGUUACUCUCAUACAAUGUAGACAUUAGGAGUGUGCCACUUCCCUGCACUGUAGACAGAGGGGGUAUGUAACUGAACUACACUGUAGAUUUUAGGAGUAUGCUACGUGUAGUGUACGACAUUGAAUGUGAGUUCGUUAGUAACUGUCCUAAACCGAGUAAUAUCUGAUAGGAGGAUGGACGGGUGAUUUGUAUCAGCGGAAAUAUGGAAUAGGCACACAAUUGUUUAUCUGAAACAUCGAACUGGUCCCUGGUCCACAUGGUUGUACAUGCCAUUUCCUCAUACACUCAUGUUGUUUAUCAUAAUUACGGGAAUGUAUAGUGUUCUAUAACACACAUAUUAUAUAGUUAUUGUUAAAUAUAGAUAUGAUACAUGUAUAUAAAUGUGUAUAUAUAUGUAUAUAUAUAUAUAUAUAGUUAUUGAGAUGGAUACUUUGUACGUAUAUUUUUCACGCAUGACUAGACUGUGGUUCAGUAGGUACGUAUGGUAGUUAACUGUGUUGUCACGUGCUUUAUGUUAGACUCGACUCACUGGAAGCCAUGCUUCUGAUUGGUGUAUUUUAAGUGUACUUUUAUUUGUAUAAAUUAGACUUUUCUUUCUGUACGUUAUAGCGAGUUCGGUAGAGACGCCAGAUUUUAUUUAAUGGCGUCACUCAGAGCUGCUCAUAACGUGUUUGUGAGCAUUCGCAUUUUGGCUGGGAGCGCCCGCGAGUGAAUUGUCUUGCGUUCGGUCGUGCGCCGUUUGAUGAGUAAUGUGAAGUUAUAGUUAGAUCAUUGUAGUUAUCCGUUUAGAUAUCCUAUAUACAUAUCAAAUUAUUAAAAUACUAGCGUUUGCUUUUAUAUUCUUCAAUGCUACGGCGAGGAUUUGUAGAUUGUGAUAUGUUUAGUUGUAAACGUUCCGUAUCAUCAUCUGACGUCAUCAAUAUUGUCAGGACUCAUGUUUUACCACGUGCUACAGCAUAUGACUUCAGCAUUAAUACAUUGUAUCCGAACAUGUCGCCAUUUCCGGUAUUUUACAGUGAAUAUUGGUUGGACUGGACGUUGGGAUAUUUUUCAUUGUUUGUUCAUCACAUAUCAAUGAACAUGGACAUUGAUCAUCCAUUUAGAUUUUCAUAGUUGUUGCAUUUGACCAUGUUGACCAGGGAUGCAUGUAUAUACCAUUACUGUCAUCUCAAAUGGGUACUGAUAUGAACUUCCCAUUUACUCAUGAUCAUGUGGCCCUACUCUGCCCGCUCCUACCAUAAUGCGCCAUUUCGAAAACCCAACGUAUAUACCACACAAUACCAUGACCGUAUUUGUAUAAACGAUGGAAGCGGCUAUUCGGGAUAAAUUUGUAUAUUUUUUACUUUUGUUUGGUGUUGUGAGACAGGCCGAUGAGAGAGUGUAAGUAAUGUUUUACUGAACACUACUUUGGGCUUGGAAAUGGCUCGCUUGUGGAGUGUCUACAAGUAUUAGUUUGUGAAUACUGGCCAAUAACACAGUUCCGUUUAGGUUUCAACGUGCACAUCUACACCUCAACAAAAACAGUCUACAUGCAUUAGCCCAUAGAGAGAGCACGCGGUACCAUCGUGUGACCGAGAGAACAUGUUUGAAUAUUUGUGUUUAUCAAAGAUAGGAUUUCAUUGUCCGCAAUUCGUAUUGUUGUAAACACAGGAACCGGAAGUUUUAUUCAGUAUAUAUGUAAGCCUAUCUGUACCGAACUAGCGUUUACAUAACACAUACCUUUAGUUAUAUGACGGCCUGUUUGAACGGAUGUUCGGUCAAGAGUGUACAGGUUUUCGGUUCAGCGUGCACACAGGUGUUCGGCCAAGGUGUUACGGGUGUACAAUCCAGCAGGUAAGGGGUGUACGAUUAAGCGUGUGCAUGUGUUUGGUCCCUAGGGAACAGAUGUUCGAUCCCACGUGCAUAGGUGUUCGGUCCAGCUUGUACAGGUGUACGGUCUGGCGUGUACAGGUGUUCGGUCCCGCGGGUACAGAUAAUCGGUCCCGCGUGUACAGGUGUUCGGUCCCGCGGGUACAUAUGUUCGAUCCCGCGUGUACAGUUGUUCGGUCCAACUUGUGCAAGUGUACGGUCCCGCGUGUACAGGUAUUCGGUCCAACUUGUGCAAGUGUACGGUCCCGCGUGUACAGGUAUUCGGAUCAGCGUGUCCAGGUGUAUGGUCCGGCGUGUACAGGUGUUCGGAUCAGCGUGUACACGUAUUCGGUUACGCGUGUGCAGGUAUUCGGAUCAGCAUGUACACGUAUUCGGUUAAGCGUGUACAGGUAUUCGGAUCAGCGUGUACAGGUGUUCGGUCCAGCGAGUACAGGUGUUCGUCCCGCGUGUGCACGUAUUCGGUUAAGCGUGUACAGGUGUUCGGUCCCGCGUGUACAGAUGUUCGGUCCGGCGUGUACAGGUGUACGGUCCAACAUAAUUGUAUAAAUGUAUAAAUGUAGUUUGUGUAACACAUGCAUACGACAUAUAAAUAUAUAUGUAUAAUAUCGUUAUACCAACACAUAGGACAUACAUGUACAGAAUGUAUGUGCGAAUAUAUAUAUAUACAUAUGUGUACAUCUGUAUAGUAUACACACCUGUACCGAUAGAUCAUUUAUGUAAGGCCAUAUACCUGUUUCGAUUAAGUGGUAACACAUUCUGCAGGCAAAGCCUUUAUUUACGGAUACUACUGUUCAGGAAGAGUUUUGUGAAUUUACCUGUACUAGUAUAGCCUUUAUUAUUGGUUUCAUAUUACAUCUUGUCUAGAGAAGUCCAAUUUCACGAUUUUGCUACAUAUACUCAUUUUUUUACUUUGUCCUAAUUGACUGUAUCUGCCCCGGUGUUACUUGGAAGACAGUCGCAUUUACUCCUUGGAAGGUAAAUGUGUGUAUUCCCUUGGAAGGCAGUUAUAUUUACUACCUUUAAGGCAGUCUUGCAUGUAUUACCUCCCUUUGAAGAACUCUUACAUGUUUUAUCUCCCCUGAAGGCAGUCGAUUUCCCGAAGAAAGUCGUAUUUCUUUGACUAUUACAGAUAGUGUUUGCCACUAUUUUUACACACUGUAACGUGAUCGUGACCCUUCUCAUAUACCGUUGGAUAUGCAGACUACCUGCUAGACAAACGAGUACCGGUAUACCCCGUACGGCACCCACUCCUAACAUUGUAUGUAGAUUUGGAAAAAAAAAUCCACAAUAUUAUAUUCUGUCGACUUUUGUACGUGCUUUUGUAUGGUAAUAUAUAUACAUUUAUUUCUACUAA